AUGAACUGGAUUCCGAAAUGGGAACCCUCAGUCGCGCCAGCGAAGAGAGAGUUCGAGCUGCUUCUCUCGGAUGUGCUGGUGGUAGGCACAGCUGAGGAGACGGCGCAGGCUAUCUACGAAGAGAACUCAAUAGGCUAUAUGGGCUUAAGAGUGGUACGAGCGUCCUGGUGGGGGAAGAGCUGGCAGGACGACGAAAAGAGAGAAAGGCGGUCGAUGAGGCUCGUGAUUGAUGACACCUCAAUAGCCAACCGACUCAUCGAUAACGGGCUGGGACUGAGAUCGACACGCAUAAGGAUCAAACGAUUCCAGCCUAAAGGGGGUAAGCAACUACCUCUCUAUUUCUACGAGAGCGAGCUAUCUGCUAGCUUCUUCACAAUCCUAUCCUCGCAGGAGGAGAUGGAGGUUGAAGGGCAGGAAAGGCUUCACUAUUGA